UAAAUAUUCCGCCAUUAAAGAAAAAAAAAGAGAAGAGAAAGCGUUUCUUGGUUUGUAGAAACUGAGAGAGGCUCUGGAUUAUAGCCAUUGAAUCUUCUCUACGAAGCUUUUGAAGUUCUUCCUAAAGCAAAUACAGUACAGUGAUUAGAGAUUUUAAUCCUUUUUCUUUCUUUCUUUUAUUUAUUUUUUUUGGUUUGAAGAUUCUGUGAUCUUUUCUCUGUUUGCGUCUCUUUGAAGCUAAUCGAUCUCGCGGGUUUUGGAGUUUUUCGUUUUUGAUCUUUCUUUUUUGCAGGUUUCCGCCAUUAAUUUAGAGAGCUUGCUGCUGCUGCUCUAGUGGCGGAAGAGAAGUAACAGAGGGAUUUGAGGAUGAGAAUGAGGAGUUUUGUUGUGAUUUUGUUGUGUUUGGUGCAAUGCUGUUGGUCUUCUGAGGCGAUUUUGGAUCCGAUUGAUUUUUUGGCUCUUCAAUCGAUACGGAAGGGUUUAGAGGAUUUGCCUGGCUCUAAUUUCUUCGCCUCUUGGGAUUUCACGGCUGAUCCUUGUAAUUUCGCCGGUGUUUUUUGUGAUUCUGACAAGGUUGUUGCCCUAAACCUAGGGGAUCCGCGUGCUGGUUCACCUGGUUUGGUUGGCCGGAUUGAUUCUGCCAUUGGUAAGCUCUCUUCACUCACGGAGUUCACCAUUGUGCCUGGUCGAGUGUUUGGAGCUUUGCCGCAGUCCCUCUUCCAACUGAAGAAUCUUCGUUUUCUCGCUAUCAGCCGGAACUUCAUCAAUGGUGCUCUUCCGGCGAAUCUCGGUGAGCUUCAGAGCUUGAGGACAUUGGACCUCAGUUACAAUCAACUCAGCGGAGAAAUUCCUCGCUCAAUCGGAACGAUUACGGAGUUGUCUAAUGUCAUCCUCUGUCAUAAUCGUCUCACAGGUUCAGUCCCUAUGUUUCCGUUCCGUAGCCUUAAUCGUCUUGAUCUGAAGCACAACAAUCUCACCGGACCUCUUUCCCCGGACUCUCUUCCUCCUUCUCUCCAAUACCUCUCUCUCUCAUGGAACCGCCUCAACGGUCCUGUCUUCCGCCUCCUCAGCCGGCUUGACCAGUUAAACUACCUCGACCUCAGCCUAAACCAGUUCACCGGAACCAUUCCAACUCGGAUCUUCAGUUUCCCGAUCGUCAACCUCCAGUUGCAACGGAACUUCUUCACCGGUCCAAUCCUACCGGUUGAUCAAGUGGCGAUCCCAACCGUCGAUCUCAGCUACAACCGUCUCUCCGGUCCAGUAUCCCCAAUGUUCUCCACCGUACAGAAUCUAUACCUGAACAACAACCGCUUCACGGGCGAAGUUCCAAACAGCCUUGUGGAUCGAUUGUUGGCUGCGAAUAUUCAAACUCUGUAUUUGCAACACAAUUUUCUAACCGGAAUCGCGAUCAACCCGACGGCGGAGAUUCCUCUGAGUAGUUCAUUGUGCUUGCAGUACAACUGUAUGGUGCCACCGAUACAGACGCCGUGUCCGGAGAAGGCCGGGAACCAGAAGACAAGGCCGAUGGAGCAGUGCGGCGAAUGGAGAGGGUGAAAUCUGGAAAUUCACACACUCUUCUCUGUCUCUCUACAAAAGGGCAUAAGUGGAAGAAAGUAAUUAAAAGUGAAACAAAAGAAAAAAAUGAUUUUUUUUGUUAAGAAAAUAUAGUUUUGGAUAAUUAAUUAAAUUUGAAAAAUAAUAUAUACAAAAUCGGGGGUGGGGGAAAUGGGAAUGUUGUAUUAUUAUUUACUUUUUAAAUAUUCGUUUAUUUGUUUGUGUUUAGUAUUUGGAGGGAUAAAAAAAAAAAGAGAGAAAAUAAGAAUACUCUUUAUUUAUGUAAUUGCUUUGGAGAAAGCUUUCUAUGUUUCUUCAAUUAUAAAUUUAUAUGUAUAGAGUCCAUUUAUUUCUUUUCA